CUCAUUUUCCGCUUAUCUACUAACUGUUUGCUUCACCAUAAGUAAAUCCAACUCUUGUACACUUCCCUCUUUAACAAAAUGAAGGGAGAGGUGAAAGCGGUCAUAGAGUUCGUCGGAGACAUAUCAGCCAGGCUGACAUGGAAGGACUUGAGCGUGAUGGUCACCCUUGGCAAUGGCGAUACUCAGACCCUCCUAGAAGACCUAACUGGGUAUGCUGAGCCCGGAACGCUCACCGCAAUCAUGGGCCCCUCCGGCUCUGGAAAGUCCACCCUCCUCGACACCCUCGCUAGCAGACUCGCAACCAACGCAUUCCUUUCCGGUCAAAUACUUCUCAAUGGAAUGAAAACGAAGCUCUCUUUCGGAACUGCAGCAUAUGUGACGCCUGACGAUAAUUUGAUUGGGACUCUGACGGCGAGAGAGACGAUCAUGUACUCUGCUAAGUUGAGGUUACCAGAUAAGAUGGCGACGGAAGAGAAGAGGGCUCUUGUUGAGGGGACUAUACUUGAGAUGGGUCUUCAGGACUGUGCAGAUACUGUGAUUGGAAACUGGCACUUGAGGGGGAUCAGUGGAGGAGAGAAAAGGAGAGUUAGCAUUGCUCUUGAGAUCCUUAUGAGGCCGAGAUUGCUAUUUUUGGAUGAGCCUACUAGUGGUCUUGACAGUGCUUCGGCAUUCUUUGUGACACAAACACUUCGGAGUCUGUCAAGAAAUAAUCGGACUGUUGUUGCUUCAAUUCACCAGCCGAGCAGCGAGGUUUUCGAGUUGUUUGAUCGACUAUAUUUGCUUGCAGGGGGCAAAACCGUCUAUUUUGGGCAGGUUUCAGAGGCUUGUGAGUUUUUUGCCAAAGCAGGCUUCCCUUGUCCGUCUCUGAGAAACCCAUCGGAUCAUUUCCUGAGGUGCAUAAACUCUGAUUUUGACAAGGUGAAGGCGGCUCUCGAAGGAUCUAUGAAGAUAGUGUUCGAGACGAGUGAUGAACCCCUAAAUAAAAUAACGACGGCUGAAGCGAUUCGAAGGCUAACCGAGUUCUAUAACCAUUCUCAAUACUGUUACGCAGCACGGGAUAAAGUAGACGAGAUGUGUCGGGUUAAAGGAACAGUAUUGGAUUCAGGAGGAAGCCAGGCGACCUUCCUUACCCAGGCUUGCACUUUAACCAAACGUUCCUUUGUGAACAUGUCGAGAGAUUUUGGAUAUUACUGGCUGAGGCUCCUGAUUUAUAUCCUUGUUACUAUUGCCGUAGUGAUCGUUUACUCAGAUGUGGGAACAGGAUUUGACUCAUUUCGGGCAAGAAGUCUUUGUAUUGCUUUCAUCUUCGUCUUCAUCACUUUCAUGUCUAUCGGAGGAUUUCCGUCAUUUAUAGAAGAUAUGAAGGUUUUUCAAAGAGAGAGGUUGAAUGGUGCUGCCUUUAUCAUUAGCAAUACUCUCUCAGCAAUGCCAUACUUGAUGAUGAUAUCCUUCUUCUCAACUGUGAACACGUGGGAGGACCCACCACCUGCGUACGUUCGUCCGCGUUCAUUUCUGAACGUGUUUGUGAACACGUUAAUUGUGGCCCACGUUGCCAUCAAACCGCGCGUGAAGAGAUCACCAAAUGAAGCGGUGUGA